AUGACAAUGCGAACAUCGCAUGAUAAACGCAUCCAGCUGUUCGACCAUAUAUUUCAUGUCACCAUCAAGAUCGUACUUUGGCCUGCCAGCUGUGUAUGUGCUUGGUACCUCCCACAAAUACACAGCCUUUCGUGUGUUUUGUCAGAAGGUGAUCUACCCCCGAUUGCCUCCAUCUUUGAGUUUACUGUGCUCGGAAUCCCGCCGCGACAUGAAACUGAAACCGUCCAACACAUUGUUUAUCCCGAAGGACGAAUGGUCGGGUCAGUCCCAUCCAGUUUCCUCGAUUUUGGCAGAUCCACGGAACAUGACCCAGGAGAACCACUCCACAGACAGACCAGUUCUUCAUCGACCAUCAUCUGGGUUCCCAGUGGCACACAGACCUCUAGCAACGUCACCAAUGAUCUGCACGAGAUUUUCAAGGGGUCAUCUACUUGCAGGAGCACUCGGGAGCCCACGGGCGUUGAGCGUUCGUUUCCUGUUGACCGAGUGAAAAGGCCGAGCAAACUGAGACAUUGCAUGGCCGCUAGAACCGGUAAAGUGGCAGGCGAGAAGGUUCCAUUCAGGUGCUUGGCAACCGAGAUAGUCGGGAGGGGGAAGGCGGAGAAUUCUGGCUACGGGAUUCGCCCAUGGAUCGGGCCACUCGAUGUAGGAAGCGCUCGGAAGGUUUCGAGAAAAAAAGGUUAUCCUGCCGCCAGACCAGUUAGGCUAGUAAGAGAGGUACCGAAGGAAAUCAGAUCAUUAGACAGGAAGUGCAGUAGGCACCGCAGCACGAAGGACUAGAGAGUAAAAUAUGAUCCACCACUAGGGUCGAUCAGCAGCGCCCGUCGGCCUUUUUGGCGCUCAGCCGGAAAUGAAACAGAGGAGGGGAAUAACCUUGACACCGGGAGAAUGAUGAGUUGUUUGAGAAGGAGAAGUAGAAGUAGAAUUGUCUGGAGGGAACUUACGUCUCUCGUGGUGUAGAUACACCGAACAGGAGGAAGUGGUGGAUGAUCUGCAAAAAAAGAGGGAGUGGGAUGGCUAG